AUGGCUCCCUUCUACAAGACCGCCGCAGCAUUUUGCCUCGUCGGACUCUUUGGGCUCCAAUGCGGGGCGCAAACCCCAGCAACAUAUAAAUAUGAAGUAGCAAAAGUGGGCGAAGACGCCUACUUGACAGUCAACUUGGCCCGUAAUGGACAAAUUUCAGCUAAGACCAGUUUAGUCGAAAAGGACACUGAGCUCGUCGGCACCUUGGAGACAAAAGUAAAAGCCGACGAAGCAGAACCUAAAGCCUCGUGCGAUGAAUUACUAACAGAGGACCUUAAGAAGCUCUUCAAUGUCACUGUCGACAACAAAGACAAUCCAGACUACCGUAAACUGGUGCAGGAUGCUCUGAAUACCGGACUAACAGAUUUCGGCGCAACAUAUCCGGCAGACACAUCGGCGUGGCGAAAUAUAUGGGGAAACGCAAAGCUUCUCAGCGUGUUGCACCUUCUCGGAGCCAGCAGCACUAAAGUCGCCUGUGUCAUUGCAAAUUGUGUCAAAACAGCAGGUGACGUUGGUGUGCUCUCCGAGUCAGAUGAUGCACCAGAAAAGUCUGUGCUUUUCUGUGAAUUAAAACCUGCAGCAGCAGAGAACGAAGCCGCUUUUAGCGAGGAGUACUUCAAGGAACUCAAGGAACGAACAACUCAAUUAAAAGAUAUGAAGGAGGAAGAUCUGGAGGAUCCUAUUGUAACCAGCUCUGCAAAUGUUGCCGUUCCCAGCAUUCUAACUGCCGGUUUGGGCGCCAUCCUGGCAGCUAUCUCUGCCUAG